AGCCUCUGGAACGCCUCAGUCAAGGAAUGCAACAAUAGUCAACCUUACCGUCAAGACACGUGAGCAAACUUCACUCAGGUCUUGCGUCGUAAUUGAAGAGCGAGCUCCAUAUCGAAGUAGAUUCGCAACAGGCGUGUCAUCUUGUUUGUUUUGAUGCGUAAUAGUCUGGCACUCCCUCAACCGAACUCCCUCUGCAGCGUCACGCACAGACUUUUGCAACCGAUCAAACAACAAAUUGGACCCUACGUCAACCGUACUCUGUUAUUGUGCGGACGAAUGCUCCGACAUGCCGGCGAAGAAGCAGCGAAAUUACUGGACGACGUAUGCCAUCGCCAGAUAUUGGGACAGUGGGAUCUGUGCGCUUGUGAUCCAUUUCGAUGUAGGGAUCAAUACUGCUCCCUGAGCUUGACUAAUGCUGCGUUAUGCGCAUGCACACAGCAGCCAAUUUGGGUCCUGUCAGCCAGUGUGGCGUGGAUAUAGGCUGCAUUGACUUGCUCGAAACCCGAUGCCUCUUGCCGAGUCUGCGGCUGGCCGCUUAUGCAUUGGCACCUAUCCGUCGGGUGAUGGCAGGUGUCAAAUCUUGUCUUACUGUAUCGUGAAGGCUUAGGCAGACAUUGCUGUGUCUGGCAAAUGGAACGUUCAU